AUGUCUGGAUUGGACGCUCUGGCACAGGGAUCGCAGUACGCAUUGCAGCAACUCCACGACUCGCACCUGAACCCAGCUCCGCAAGACCACGAUGCAUUUAGCCAGAACCAGAACGGCCAAGACCAGAAUGCGAACAACAAGACCAGCAGCAAUGGAGCACCAGUGCGACGAAGAAUCAGCCGGGCGUGCGACCAAUGUAACCAGCUGAGGACAAAGUGCGAUGGCAAGACGCCUUGCGCGCAUUGCGUGGAGUUCGGUCUUACGUGCGAGUACAACCGCGAGCGCAAAAAGCGAGGCAAGGCUUCACGCAAAGACAUUGCUGCCCAGUCUCAGAACCCCGCCACUGCCACUUCAGACAAUGGCGCCAACGACAGUCCCAAGUCGAGCAAUGAGCAGUCCGCUCCCCCGGAUAACGCCACCGACAUUGCCCAGAACUCGCUCAAGCGGCGGAGGUCGAGCAAUCACCAUCUGCCUCCACCACCGCAGAGGAGGGCCUCGAUGACCAACCAGCCCGGUAUCCUGCCUGCUCCUCGCGCAAACCAUUCGGCAAUGCCUGAUCGAACUCCCGUCGGCGUUACCAACUACUCGGGUCCGAUGGAUGACUACCACCGCAGUGUACUGCAACAGCCUCCAUCCGCCGUUGCUCACCACCCCAUGAUGCCUGGCGGUGCUGCUCCCCUCUCCGCUCCACUAGCCUAUCCCAAUGGCAUGACCUUCAACCCCGAGAGUCCGUAUGCUGUACCAAGUCCGCAGAGUCAAAACAACAAUUUCAGCACGAAUUUUCGGAUGGGUGAGUCGCCCAUCUCUGCUCAUGGCUUAAUGGGCACCUCUCCACAUGCUGGAUCUCCGGGAUGGCUACAGCUGCCUUCUCCUUCUGCCGCUCUGUAUACGAACUUUCAGCAACCCACCAAUCAGACCCUGCGUUACCCUGUACUCAAGCCUAUUCUUUCCAGAAUCUCCGCCAUCAUUCCAAUCAGUCUUGCCUGCGAUCUCUUGGAGAUUUAUUUCUCAAGCUCAUACAGCAAGUUCAUCCAACCUGCCUCUCCCUACGUUUUGGGUAUCAUCUUCCGCAAAAAUUCUUUCUUACGCCAAAAUAAUCCUCGAACGUGCAGUCCUGCUCUGCUUGCGAGUAUGCUUUGGGUUGGUGCUCAAACUAGCGAAUCUGCCUUUCUAACCUCCCCUCCAUCAGCCAGGGGUAAAGUCUGCCAGAAACUUUUGGAGCUUACCGUCAGUCUCCUGCGACCCCUCAUUCACACACCAACGGAGGGUUCUACCCAAACAGCUAAUCCUGUUGUGAACGGUGUUGCACUGGGAGGAUUCGGUGUGGCAUUGCACACCGCAAGACAUGAUAGUGAAGGUGGGUCUACAGGUGCUGCGGGAGCCUUGGAUGACGUUGCGACAUACAUCAACCUGGCCACUGUGGUUUCAGCGAGCGAGUACAAAGCUGCCAGCUUACGCUGGUGGAACGCGGCCUGGUCUCUGGCCAGAGAGCUCAAACUCGGUCGAGAACUACCUCCUAACCCGGAUCCCUCCAUGCAGCAGGACGAGAGCGCGAUCGCUGAAGGUAACGCCGAAAACGACAUCAGCAUGAAUGGUCAGCAAGGCUUCAAUUCGCGCCGUUUCAGCGGCAUGCCUGCGUCUAUGUCGCAACCAGGUGUCGUGACCGAAGAAGAAAGAGAAGAGAGAAGGAGAGCCUGGUGGCUACUAUACAUUGUCGACAGACAUCUUGCGCUUUGUUACAACAGACCGCUUUUUCUUCUGGAUGCUGAGUGCGAAGGCUUGUUGCAACCUGAAGAUGAGUCUGUCUAUCAGGCAGGCGAGUACUACACGACUGAAAACAUGCCCGAAACGUAUUACCGACGAAGAGGUCCGCCAUUGGAAUGUACGGGACAUAGCAUCUUCGGCUAUUUCUUGCCACUAAUGACUAUUUUGGGAGAAAUCGUGGACCUAAACCAUACUCGCAAUCAUCCUCGAUUUGGUAUGCGAUUCAGGAAUGGCACAGAUCUGGAUGAUAUGGCACACGAAAUUAGCCUUCAGCUGGAUUCGUAUGGUCGCAGUCUGGAGGCGUUCGAAGCUCGGUUCAUCCCGGCCGAUGGCACCAAUCCUGAUGGCACGCAUGUCGACAAUGCCAGUCCUUCAAACCAGUCCACGAGCAGCAACCGCAUUACCGAGACUGUACUUCUCACGAAGACGAUUGUGGCUUAUGGAACGCAUCUGAUGCACACGCUACAUAUCCUGCUCAACGGCAAAUGGGACCCUAUAUCUCUCCUAGACGACAACGAUCUAUGGAUAUCUUCACAAUCGUUCGUUUCGGCUACAGGGCAUGCUGUCUCGGCUGCUGAUGCCAUCAGUGGUAUUCUGGAUUAUGAUCCAGAUCUCAGUUUCAUGCCAUUCUUCUUUGGCAUUUAUCUCCUCCAGGGUAGCUUUUUGUUGCUGUUGAUUGCCGACAAGCUACAAGGAGAAGCCAGCGCGAGUGUCGUCAAAGCAUGCGAGCAGAUUGUCCGAGCACAUGAAGUCUGUGUCGUGACUUUGAACACAGAGUACCAGAGGAACUUCCGUAAAGUCAUGCGCAGUGCUUUGAGUCAGGUCCGUGGACGCAGUCUCGAAGAUUUUGGCGAACAACAGCAGCGCCGCAGGGAGGUGCUUGCAUUAUAUAGGUGGACAGGAGAUGGCUCUGGGUUGGCGUUGUAG